AUGGAAACAACGAAACAUGAAACGAUGAUAAUAAAUUCGAAUCAUUCUUAUCUUUACUAUGAUCCAAGUUCAGUUUCAAAUUUUAAUCGGUUUCGUGUGAAUCAUACACAUUUUGAUUUCAAUGUCAAUUUUGAUUCUUGCAUUUUAAAUGGUUAUGUUCAGCUGGAUGUUGUUCGUCUUGAUCCAGAACAAUGUGAAUAUUCAUCUACUAUAAAAAACAGCGAAAGCAAUGAAAUACCCCAUAAUCUUGAUGGGAAACUUAUUCUUGAUGCUCGUCAAUUAAAUGUAGAAAAAGUCGUACAUGAAACAACAUUACUUCCAUUUAAAAUCAAUACUGAAUAUAAUUCAUUAAUUAUUGAUAUAGAACAAAUUCCAAAGGAUAUUAUUUCUAUUUCUAUUCUUAUUUAUUAUUCAACAUUAUCUGAUCAAUCAAAAGCAUUGCAAUGGAUGACAAAAGAACAAACAGCUGAUCGACAAUAUCCAUUCAUGUACAGUCAGUGUCAGGCAAUUCAUGCACGAUCAUUAUAUCCUUGUCAAGAUACACCAGGUGUAAAAAGUACAUAUACAGCUAAGAUUACUUGUCCGAAUCCAUUAAUAACGUUAAUGAGUGCAAUUCAAAGUAAACAUGAUGUAGAUACGAAUACAUUUUAUUUUGAACAAAUAGUUGCUGUUCCAUCUUAUCUGAUUGCAAUUGCUGUUGGUCAUUUAGUUUCGUAUGAUUUAAGUGAUCGUAUACGAGUAUGGAGUGAACCAAGUUAUCGUGAACGAUGUAAAUAUGAAUUUGAAGAGACUGAACAUGUUUUGUCUGCUGCUGAACAACUUCUUGGUGAAUAUCAAUGGAAACGAUAUGAUUUUCUUGUUCUACCACCGUCAUUUCCAUAUACUGGCAUGGAAAAUCCAUGCAUGAAUUUUAUUUCACCAGCGACGUUAGUCGGUGAUCGAUCAUUGACAAGUGUAAUUGUACAUGAAUUAACUCAUUCAUGGACUGGUAAUUUGGUGACAAACGAAAAUUGGGAACAUUUUUGGUUAAAUGAAGGUUUUACGUCAUUUAUUGAAGCUAAAUUAGUAGGAAUUUUAGCUAAAGAUAAUGGAGAAGCUCGGCGUUUUCACUCUGCUCAACGAUGGGAAGGGUUAGAAUCAGAUAUAAUCGAUUUUGGCUCAACUAAUCCAUAUACAUGUCUAGUUUAUCGUCUGAAUAAUGUCGAUCCUGAUGAUGCUUCUAAUACUACACAAUAUUAUAAAGGUGCAGAACUUCUCUGGUUUCUGGAACAUGAUAUUAUUUGCUCAGAAAUUGAUUUUGAUCAAUUUCUUCGUUCAUAUAUUAAAAAAUUUAGUCAUCGAGUUCUGAAUACAGAUGAUUUUAUUCAAUAUUUCGAAUCAUAUUUUCCCCAGGUAAGUAAAGUAGACUGGAAUAUAUGGUUAUACACACCUGGAAUGCCUCCAAUUCAUAUUGAUUUUUCAACUGAACUCGAACGACAAUGUCGUCAAUUAGCUAAUCAACCUUCAUUGAUUUCUAAUGAUCAAAUGAAGUUACUCAAUGCUAAUCAGAUUGCUUAUCUAUUCAAUCUACUUCUCAAUCAAAAACCAUCGACAAUCACUUAUGAUAUAAUCAAACAAAUUGAUGAAAAUUGUCAGAUGAAUAAAUAUUCUAAUGGUGAUAUAUGUUAUCAAUGGUAUCAAUUGUGUAUUCGAGUGAAAUAUUGUGAGUCUCGACUUCGGGGAUGCGAACAAAUCGUCGUAAUACCCACAACAAAAAUGGAAAUAUCACCUAUCACCUACCGUAUAUCGAUGUGA